AUGUUUUUGCCAAGGUUAUCAUUGCUGUACUUGUUGUUGGGGUUCCUAGUUGUUGCCAUUAUCAUAUUCAAUGUUACAAUACUAUCUACACCUGAUGAAUCUAGUAUUACAUAUAAUAAGAGCAAAGGUGCGACUUACCAUACAGGGGGCACAUCGAAAAUGAAUGCACAGAUAGAUAAAAUCGAUAGUCCCGAAUAUGUAGCAGCCGUUAUGAAAGAGUUGCAAGAGACAAAGUUUGAAGAGAUCUUGGGGGAUUUGAAAAAACAAAUCUCAAAAGAACAAAGACCAAAAAUAAUUCAACAAUUAAAGACUGAAUUGAGGCAAAAAUAUUCAGAGAUUAUUAAACAAACUUUGAAAGAUGAGAUAAAGGAGGAAAAUACUGUUGAUUUUUAUAAGCAAGAUGCAUUUUCUUUCCAACUAUAUCAAAACUUGAUAUCGCAAUUUCAACAUGAUCACGGCAAUCAAAUCAAACCUAUGGCAUUGCUCACUUUAUUGAAAGAUCACUUUGACAAUGAUUUUGUUAUCCCAUCCGAUUUCAAAGAAGAGGUUGAAAAAAUCUUUGUCAAGUACUUUGACAAGAAAUCAUUUUUUCAAUAUUUAUUAAAAACCAUCUUGUUGGAAAAUAAACCUCAAUGUGAUCCACUAACCGCACAAGAAAAGGGUAAAAAAUUGAAUCCAACUUACCAAUGGGAUGCAAGGGUUAUUUCUGAAAAGGAUUUGCUUGCAUCCAACUUGAAACUUUCACCCGAAAAAUUGAAAUGUUUGCAAAAGUCCCAUGAUAAAGUGGUUGAGAAAUUGAAAUCAUUACCUGAUCCACCAAACCAGUUUAUUAGUGGUUAUGGUAUCGUCAUAAAUGGUGGCGGAGGAAUGAUUGUUAGCGCAUUGACCGCAAUUACUAAUUUAAGAGACCGCGGCUCUACUUUACCAGUUGAAUUAAUUUUGGAUACUCCAGAGGAAUUUGAUAAGCAAAUCUGCCAAGACUUGUUGCCAAAUAAGCUCAACGGCAAGUGUGUUGUUGUUUCCGAUGUAAUUGGCAAAGAGGUGUUUGACUUGAUUCCAGAAAAGUUUUCUCGAAAAAUCCUUGGAAUUUUGGUCUCUUCAUUUGAUCACACUAUUGCCCUAGAUGCAGAUAAUUUCCCAAUUCAGAAUGUCGAUGGUUUGUUGUACACUGAACCUUAUCUUUCAACAAAAAUGAUCUUGUGGCCAGAUUUAUGGGUUAAAUUAACAAGUCCACUUUUCUACAAAAUAGCUCGCAUUGAAAAGGGUGAAGUUGUUGGUAGAUUUGGAAUUUCAAAUGAGGCCAAGUUCCAUGAAUACAUACAGAAGGACCGAGAAUCGGAAAUCCACUUUCAUGAUUUCAGCAAUUUGCCAAGUCCCAUCUCAGUUGAAACAGGACAGAUGGUUUUUUCUAAAAGGGAACACUUGAAAUCAUUAUUGCUCGCAUUGUACUAUAAUAUCAAUCUCAAAGGAUGGUACCAAGAUUUGAUUUAUCAAGGUGCAUAUGGAGAGGGUGACAGAGAAACAAUAGCGCCAGCAUUGCAUGUAAUGAAUGAAAGAUACCACUUGAUGAAUCAAAAGAUUCAUCUUAUGGGUUAUACUGCUGAAAAUGAUAAAUUUUCCGAAACAACCUUGGGACAAACUGAUCCAAGAGACAAUCCCCAAUUUUAUGCAGAUUGGCAAAAGUUUCUUUCUAAAAAGAAUAUUGAUACUCGACUAAAUCCAUUCCAAUCCGGUGGUUUCACAAAUGACUUGAUUGAUCAGUUCAAAGAGUACAAGAAGAAGAUAAUCGAGGACAAAAAGAUAGAAGAAGAAGAUACUACUCACAGAGUUGUUGAGUACAAAUUACCUAAGAUAUUAUUUCUUCAUUGUAACCACCCUAAAAUUGACCCAAUUAAGAAUUCUCAAGAGGGAGAGUUUGGUGUCUAUUCAAGAAGAAAUAUGGGACCUGUAGACAAGGUUAAGCCCAUACUAGACAAAGAUUGGGAAUUGAAAUUCCAUUCUAUUGCCAAGUGGGUUGCUUGUGAGGCUAUUACAAGCACAGACUAUUGGAGCAAUGCCAAAGUAGAUCAAAAAACAGUAUGUCAAAAGUUAAGCAAAUACAUUGAUUUCUUAAAACGUGAUACAUUUGGCGUUGAAGCCGAGUUUAAAGGAUUUGGCUCAACCGGUUUAUCUCAAGGUGUCAUACCUGGAGAUACGACAGAACAAUUAGCAAAUGACAAGAUCAAUGCUCUAGCGCAACAGCAAGCUAAAGAACAAGCAGAGGCGGAAGCAAAAGCUCUAGCCGAGAUGGACCCUGAUGGAAAAGCAAAGUUACAGGCGGCAAAAGACAAUAAAGGAACAGGAAAAGAAAAAGAUUCUGAGCAAAUGGCAAAGGAUAAGGGGAAGGGAGUGGCUCAGCAAAAAAGAACAAAAGGACAAUAA